AUGUAUUUGAAAAUAUUAAUUUUUCUCUUUUGCUCAAAUUUUCUAUUGCUAUAUUCAACAACAGAUGCUUGUGGAAUUAGUGAAUGGAGAUGUGAAACAGGAGGCCGUUGUAUUCCAACGUCAUGGCGUUGUAAUAGAAUUGCUGAUUGUACUGAUUCUUCUGAUGAACGAAACUGCACCUAUCCACGAUGUUCGGAUUCGCAAUUUGAUUGUGGUGAUAGAUGUAUACCUCGUUCGUGGAUGUGUGAUGGCGAUAAUGAUUGUGGAAAUAAUACGGAUGAACAAAAUUGUCCUCCAAGAAGAUGUUCAAAUACGCAAUUUCAAUGCAAUGAUUCACGAUGUAUCGAGGCAUCUAUGAAAUGCAAUCACGUGAAAGAUUGUACUGAUGGUACUGAUGAAGGAGCAUUUUGCAAUUUUCGUCAAUGUGAUUCUUCUACGGAAUAUCAAUGUGAUAUACAACGAUGUUUACCAUUAGCUCAAAAAUGUGAUGGUUAUUAUAAUUGUGAUGAUCGAACUGAUGAACUCAAUUGCAAUAGUACUGCAUGUUCGACAUAUCAAUUUCGAUGUGUCUCUGAUGGUAGAUGUAUACCAAAUUAUCAACGUUGUGAUUUUCGUUCGCAAUGUCCUGAUGGAUCCGAUGAAACAAAUUGCACACGACCUAAUUGUACAACGUCACAAUUUCGAUGUUCCAAUGGAAGAUGUAUUCCAUCAUCAUGGGUUUGCGAUCGUGAUGAUGAUUGUCUUGAUCGUAGUGAUGAAAUGCAUUGCAGUGCAAGACAAUGUCCACCACAUAUGUAUCCAUGUAAUGUAACUGGUCAAUGUAUUGAUAUAACAAAAAUAUGUAAUGGUCAACAAGACUGCAGUGAUGGUACAGAUGAAAGUUCACAAUGUGGUACUCAACUUUGUGGUUUGUUAUCAUGUGAACAUGCGUGUCAACCAACGCCGGAUGGUCGUGGUAAAUGUUAUUGUCCACUUGGAUUUCAAAUUAAUCCAGUUAACAAUCGUUCUUGUAUUGAUGUUAACGAAUGUGAAAUUUGGGAUGAAUGUGAUCAAGAUUGUCAAAAUACAAUUGGAUCAUAUGUAUGUACUUGCCGAGCUAAUUAUACACUUGAAGUUGGAAAUCGAUGCAAACAUAUUAAUAGUGAUAAUAUGAAAAUGUUUGUGGCUAUAGCAAAUAAAAUCUAUGAAAUCGAUCGGCUUCGUAAUGCUCGAAUAAUUUAUACUGGUCCAGAAAAUAUGACUAUUCACGCUGUUGAUUAUCAUUAUCGAAAUCAAUUACUUUAUUUUGCAGAUCCGUACGCUCAUAAAAUUUAUUCAUUAUCAUUAUCAUCUCUUAUGUCACCUGCCCAACUUGUUCUUGAGAAAAAUAUUCGUAUGCCAAUGUCGAUUGCUAUUGAUUGGAUAACAAAUAAAAUGUAUAUCGUUGAGACGGAAUUAGCACGCAUUGAUAUGUUUUCAUUGGAUGGUAAAAUGAUGAAAACCAAUAUAGUUAUCAAUAAUAUUUAUGAACCAAGCUCAAUAGCCAUUGAUCCAAUAGCUGAGUAUUUGUUUUUUGCUGAUGAAGGCGAUUCAUUUAGAGUAUCAGCUAAAAUUAAUCGAUGUCUUCUUGAUGGUUCACAAUGUACAACAUUAAUUGAUCAAAAACUAAGUCAACCAAGUGAUUUAACAGUAGAUUUCAUUAAGAAAAGAAUUUAUUGGGUAGAUCGAUCUUAUGAUCAUGUUGAAAGUUGUGAUUAUCAUGGAUCACGAAGAAUAACAAUAACAUCCGGCAGUCAAAAUAUUCCAUAUACAGUUGGCAUUGAUUUAUUUGAAAACAAUCUCUAUUUAACCGAUGAUGUUAAAGGUGCUGUUUUACAACUUCGACGUCAUUUCAAUUCAAACACAACAUAUUUUCAUAAACCGGAAUCAUUUAUUCGACCACGAGGAAUAGCUGUUUAUCAUGAAACACGACAACCACAUCGAAAUGAUCCAUGUAAUGGAACAUACAAUGGCGGUUGUGAACAUUUAUGUUUACUCGGCCGAGGUUAUUUAUUAGUAAAUAGUUAUCAAUGUCGAUGUCAAUCAGGAUAUCGAUUAAAAUCCGAUUUAAAAUCAUGUGAACCGAUGAAAGAAUUUCUGCUCUUAUCUCGAUUAAAUUCGAUACGUGGAGUUGAUCUUAAUCGUGAUUCAAAUAUUGAAGCUCGACCACCAAUCAUACCUGACCGACGAACUGCUAUAUCAGAUUCCGUAUUUGAUUAUGAAGAAAAAACUGUUUAUUUUUAUGCUCAACGACAACAAAUGAUUUAUUCAUCGAAAAUGGAUGGUGAAAAACCAGUACCAGUGACGACAUCAAAAAUAUUUCCUAUGGUUAAUGCUUUAGCAUAUGAUUGGUAUUCAAAAUUACUUUAUAUGACAUCAAUGGCCAAUAGUCAAAUUACUGUUGUUCGAAUGAAUGGUAGAGAUUUUCCACAACGUGUUCUUGCCAAUGGAACUAUUGGCAUACAUGGUAUUGCAUUAGAUCCUUUACAAGGAUAUGUGUUUUAUUCAACGAUUGCACGUCCCGCAAAAAUCUAUCGUAUGCUAUCUGAUGGAACGAAUCGUAAUGUGAUAAUUCCAAAUGAAUUGGGCGCACCGUAUCAUUUAACAUGUGAUUAUUCAGCAAAACGUCUGUAUUGGACUGACGGCGCACUAUCGCGUAUUCAACAUUCGGAUUAUAAUGGUCGAAAUAUUCAAUCAUUACGAGGACGAUUGAUAUCACAUCCAUUUGGAAUUGCAAUUUAUGGGUCUCGUCUCUAUUUCACGGAUGCUACAUUAGAAGGUGUAUUUGAAAGUAGUAAAACAUACAGUGGUUAUGCAUCGCCUGUUCGAUCAAAUGUUCCAUCGAUUACAACAGUUCGAGUUUAUGCUGAAUCAUCUCAACCAAUAAAUAUUACACAUCCAUGUCGAAGAAAUAACGGUGAAUGUUCAGAUUUUUGUUUUCCAAGACGACAACAAGAUACUUUAACACGAAUAUGUGGUUGCCGAUAUGGCCGACAGAUUAAUCCAGCGAAUAAUCAAGAAUGUAUUGAUAAUUCUCAAGCUGAACCAGAUCAAACAUCAUGCAAUGGUCGAUUUCAAUGUCGAAAUGGUCGAUGCAUUUCACAAAGUUAUAAAUGUGAUGGAGAUGAUGAUUGUCAUGAUAAUAGUGAUGAACAAAAUUGUCCAGCUGGUACACCAACCUGUGGAACAAAUCAAUUUCAAUGUCGAACUAGUGGCAUUUGUAUUAAUAAACAACUGAUGUGUGAUGGUUACCCACAUUGCCACGAUCGUUCAGAUGAAUCUAAUUGCACUCAAACUUGUUCACAAAAUCAAUUUCGUUGUGCCACAGGAAAAUGUAUUCCCAAAUCGUGGAUAUGUGAUAAUGAUAAUGAUUGUGGUGAUUCGAGCGACGAACUAAACUGUCAAGAGAGAACAUGCGAUUUAUUAACACAAUUUGCUUGUACUCAUACAGCUGGAAAAUGCAUUCCAAAUUCAUGGAAAUGUGAUGGUCAAAAUGAUUGUGGUGAUAAUGCUGAUGAGCUUAACUGUCCACCGAUAGCUUGUGGUGCUGGACAAUUUUUAUGUUCAAGUGAUCAUUAUUGUAUUAAUGCAACUCGACGAUGUGAUGGCAUUGCUGAUUGUCAAUCGAUGGAAGAUGAAAGAAAUUGUGCUGGAUCAACGCCAUCGUAUUGUCGAGCAGAUCAAUUUCGUUGCGGAUCAACUUGCAUACCAAAUAAUUGGCGUUGCGACGGUCACCGAGAUUGUGCGGAUGGAUCUGAUGAACCAUCAAGUUGUGGCGCACGAAAUUGCACAUUAAAUGAAUUUCGUUGUUUAACAUCAGGUGAUUGUAUUCCGAAAGGAUGGAUGUGUGAUAACGAAGAUGAUUGUGAAGAUAGUUCAGAUGAAAAUGCAGAACAAUGUCAAACGGCAUCUUUUUCGUGUCCCGAAAAUCAAAUGGUAUGUCCUAGUACAACAAUACAUCAAUGUGUGAAUAUCACACAAGUUUGCGAUAAUAAACCUGAUUGUCCAGGUGGUGGCGAUGAAUCUCCAUUGUGUAAUAAUCAUCAAUGUUCAAUUGAUAAUGGUGGCUGUAGUCAUGCAUGUCAUCGAUCACCAUUCGGUGUUCUAUGUCUUUGUCAACCUGGUUUUCAUGUACGAAAUACUACAGGCUAUAAGAAAUGCGAAGAUAUCAAUGAAUGUGAAGAAAAUCCUAAUACAUGUCAUCAACAUUGUUUAAAUACAAAUGGAAGUUUUAUUUGUGCAUGUAAUGAAGGAUUUGUAUUACAAGCAGAUGGGCGCAGUUGUAAAAUUAUCAAUGAAACUGGUAUUCGUUUAUUAACUUUACGCCAAUCAACAAUGGAAUGGUUUUCACCAACAAUGCAAACCUAUGGUCAAAUUAAUCUUGGUUCUGAUAUGCGUUAUAUUACUGCAUUUGAUGUUGACAAUCGAACGAAUACAUAUUUCUGGUCAGAUCUAGGAGCAAAAACAAUCUACAGUCGUACGGGAAGAGCUAAUAAUUAUACCAAACUUAUUACAAGUGGUAAUAGUUACAUAGGUGAUAUAGCAUUUGAUUGGAUUGGACGUAAUUUAUAUUGGACUGAUUAUAUGCUUGAACAUGUUGAAGUUGCAACAGUCGAUGGUCGUUAUCGUCGAAUAUUAUUUCAUGAAAAUUUAACAAAUCCAUGGUCACUAGCAAUUGAUCCACGUGCUGGCGCUCGAUAUUUAUUUUUAACCGAUUGGGGUACAAAUCCACGUAUUGAACGAGCUAGUAUGGAUGGUCAACAACGUAUUAGUAUUGUUAAUAAUUCAAUUGAAAUGCCCAUCGGCUUAACACUUGAUCUAAUGCGCGAAGAAGUUUAUUUUACUGAUCACCAUUUAAAUUUUAUUGAAGUUGUAUCAUAUAAUGGUGAACAUCGACGAAAAAUUCUAGCAAAUUCACAUUUUCUACAUGGUCCAACAUCAAUUGCUCUUUUUGAACAGUAUCUCUAUUGGUACGAUUCAAAUUCAAAUGAAGUAAGACGUUUGAAUCGUUUUGAACAUGGUAUUAAAGCACAAAAACAUGAACGAGUAUUAUCAAGAUCCAGAAUAAAUUCGAUGAAAAUUUCACAUCAAAUUUAUCAACCAUUUGAGUCGAAUCCCUGUCAACAAGCUCGUUGUUCACAAUUAUGCCUUCUGUCUAAUGUUGCACCAGCUGGUUAUACAUGUGCAUGUUCAACUGGCUUCUUUCUUGAAAGAGAUCAAAUCACAUGCUCGAAAGAUUAUUCACCAUUUAUUAUUUAUAUGAAACGUGAUAUUAUUGGUGGCAUUAGUGUAAGACAUGAUCAAAAGUAUAUUGAUGAAAAUUCCAAUUAUGAUGAUUUAUGGGAACGUUUCGUUCCGGUAACUGACGUCCAUAAUGGUUAUGAGUUUGCAUUUGAUGAAGCUAAUGAAACAAUCUAUUGGGCACAAAUUAAAAGUUUCUUACCCGAUGCAACUCCUACAUAUGAGAUCCGUCGAAUUAAUUUCGAUGGUACCAAUGAAACUGUUUUUUACGGUGAUGAUGAAAUAUUAGUUGGUAUGGAAGUUGGCACAAUGCAAGUUGAUGCUGUCGGACGUAAUUUAUUUAUUGCUAAUAUUCGUCAUAGUCGAAUUGAUGCAAUAUCAUUGAACGGUCAAUAUCAUACAGUAGUAUUUAGUGAGCAUGAAAAUGCUACUGGUAUAAUACGACCGAUUGCACUUGAUCUUGAUACAAUAAAUGGUUUUGUUUAUUGGAUUGAUCUUGGUGGUGGACAAAUUCCACUAAAAAUAGCCCGUGUUCGUUUUGAUGGAAAAUCUCCUGAAAAUGUAGUUGUCGAUAAUCUUCUACAACCAAAUUAUAUUGUUUAUAAUCUUGAUCUUCAUUGUGUAUUUUGGAGUGAUUUCGGUUUACAAAAGAUUUCCUAUCAUUGUAUGGAUUCAGGUGAUACAAAAGUGCUCGAUGUAGAAGUAAAUCAUCCACGUGGCUUUGAUUUUCUUACUCAUCUAUCGCCUCCAACAUCAUCAUCUGUAAUAGCUAAUGAAAAUGAUGAUAUAACGUCAACGCAUUAUUCAUUAUUUUUUGUUGAUAAUGAAUAUGAAGGAGUUUAUAAGAAAUGGUUUGAUCACCGUUUAAAUCCAGUAACAGAUACUAUUCCGGUACGAACAAAUCAAGAAGAUCCAAAACAAGUUCGCGCUUAUCCACGUUAUGAAGCUUUCAAUUCAUAUUGUUUCUAUGGUUCAUAUUGUGAACAAAUUUGUUUCUAUAUUGAUACUAAUCAUGGCGAAAUACCAACAUGUGAUUGUGCUAUCGGAUAUAAAUUAAAUAGUGAUGGAAGAACAUGUUCACCUAAAACAGAACAAUAUAUUGUUUAUAGUACGCAUUCAUUAUUAAGAGCAUUUGACUAUCGAUCCAACGAUUCAGCAAGAGAAGAUGUUAUGCCAUUGAUUCCUGGUAAUAACAUGGAAAUGCUUUCGGUUCGAUAUUCGAAUCGCGAAUUAUAUUGGAUAAAUGCAAAUCGUUUGAUUCGUCGAGCAGUUUGGACAAGUAAUCGAACAUGGAAUAUCACAAAUUAUUUACGAAUAAGUGUUGGAUCUCAAGCAAACGCUAUUCUUGGUCUCGCGUUGGACUGGAUAUCAGGAAAUUUAUAUGUUUCUUAUGUAUCAAAUUCAUACGGUCACCUAGAAGUGAAUCGUCUUGGUACAGAUCAUCGAUUAAUUUUACGAAAAGGAAAAAAUGAAACAAUUUACGCUAUUGCUGUUAAUCCAAAACGAAGAUUUCUCUAUUGGUGUGAUCGUGGUGCACGUGUUCGCAUUAGUCGUUCGUUCUUGAACGGUGAAAAUGUUACGUAUCUAGUAACAUCACAAAUAAUUCGACCAGAAUCAAUAACAAUCGAUUAUCUUACUGAUGAUGUUUAUUGGUCAGAUUCAAUACGUGACACUGUUGAAGUUAUUUCAUGGGAUGGAAGAAAUCGUCGAACAGUUACACGUAAUAUUCCAAAAGCAAUUAGUAUACUUAUUGCAAACAAUGAUUUAUAUAUUAUGGAUCGAGCAUUUUCAUCGAUAAUGCGUAUAAAUAAAACAGUUAGUAAUAUGACACAACGUUUAGAAUCAAUAUUAACGUUAAAAACAUAUGAAGUUGGUGGUAUGGCACUAUUCGAUGAGCAACCUAAUUAUGAAUCACCAUGUCAAACAUCAACAGUACGACAACGUUUUUGUGAAGAUCUUUGUUUUGCUAUGCCUGAUACAAGUGUACCGCAAUGUGCUUGUGCAUAUGGAACAUUAAGUAUUGACCGGCGUACUUGCACACCACCGAAAGAAUAUUUACUUGUUGCAAUGGAAAAAGAAAUUCGUUCAAUGUCCAUGGAACCGCAUGGUUCAUUAACGAGUGCACCAUGGCGUGCAAUUACAAAUUUAAGUAUGGUUGUUGGCAUUGAUUUUGAUUAUAGGGAUAAAAAAAUAUUUUACACUGAUCUUCGUGCACAAGAUGUAUUUUCAUUUGAUAUGGAUGAUACAAAUCCACAAUCGCGAGUAUUAGUACAAUCAAAUGUUACUGGCCGUUCACAACCUGUGGGUAUAUCAUAUGAUUGGGUGUCGGAUCGCUUAUAUUGGACUGAUGAAAGAUACGGAAGAAUUAUAUCUUCAAGGAUUAAUGGUUCAGAAAAACUAAUUAUAGCUUCUAGCUCACAGCCAAGAGCAAUUGUGGUUCAUCCAUGCAAAGGAUUACUAUUUUGGUCAGAUGUUGGCGUAUUUCCAUCAAUUCGUCGUUCGACAUUAACAGGUAGACAAGUGACAUAUGUUAUUACAACAAAUAUAAGAUGGCCAAAUGGAUUAACAAUUGAUUUUGAUGAUGAUCGUAUCUAUUGGGCAGAUGCAUGGUUCGAUCGUAUUGAACGUGCAUCAUUGGAUGGUACAAAUAGAGAAACUAUUUCGACAGUUAUUCAUCCAUUUGCGAUAACAGUUCAUGGACAUUAUAUUUAUUGGACUGAUUGGUCUCUUCGUGGUAUCUAUCGUGCUGAAAAGUAUACUGGUGCUAAUAUGGUUGAAAUGCAAAAUGAACUUCCUUAUCGUCCAAUGGACAUUCAUGUUGUAUCGGAUCAACGUCAAAAAUGUUCUUCUUCACCAUGUAAUGUAAGCAAUGGUGGUUGUAGUCAUAUAUGUAAAACAUCAGGCGAAAAUCAAGUGGAAUGCGCCUGUCCAAGCGGGGAACAAUUAAAAUUAGUUAAUGAUCGACGAAUGUGUGUUCCAUUAUCAUCCUCAUGUGCGUCAGUUAAUUUUACUUGCCGAAAUGGUCAAUGUAUUUCGCGAAGAAAAGUGUGUGAUAGUCAAUCCGACUGUUCUGACGGUUCAGAUGAAGAUACAAGAUUUUGUUCACGCUAUACUUGUCGGCCAACUGAAUAUCGAUGUUUAAGUGGUGGAUGUAUUCCAUAUAUUGAGCGAUGUGAUCGAAAACAAGAUUGUAAUGAUGGUAGCGAUGAAAAUAAUCCAUUUCAACCAUGUGUCUAUCCGCAAUGUCCAGAAGGACAAUUUACAUGUCGCAAUUUUCGUUGUAUCGAUAAUUUUAAACGUUGCAAUGGUUAUGAUGAUUGUUUUGAUGGUAAUGCAACAGAUGAAGUGGGUUGUCCAUCUCGCGUUUGUAAUGGAACAAAUAGUAUGAAAUGUCCAAAUAAUAAUAUAUGUAUUCGAAAAACCUACCUAUGCGAUGGCGAUAAUGAUUGUGGUGAUAACAGUGAUGAAAGUUCUAUUUUCUGUCACAGUAUUCAAUGCAAUACAACGGAAUUUCGUUGUGGAAAUGGUCGCUGUGUCCCAUAUUCUUGGGUAUGUGAUGGUCAACGAGACUGUGUGAAUGGCACUGAUGAGCCAUCUGAUUGUUUUGCAUCAAAUCGAACAUGUCCGAUUGGUCUUUGGAAAUGUGAUAAUGGACGAUGUAUCAGUCCACAACAACGAUGUAAUGGUAUUGACGAUUGCCGCGAUGGCAGUGACGAAGAUGAGCGACAUAAUUGCGCUGAAAUCCCUUGUAGCUCAACACAAUUCCGUUGUGCAUCAGGUUUGAAAAAUAAUCCACGUUUAAGAUGUCUUGACCGAUCAGCUAUUUGUAAUGGAAUUGCAAAUUGUAUGCGUGGAGAAGAUGAAGCUAAUUGUACAAGGCGUAAUUGCUCAUCAAAUCAAUUUCAAUGUGCUAAUGGCCUUUGUGUACCACGUUCUUACGUUUGUGAUCAUGACAAUGAUUGCGGAGAUGGAUCAGAUGAACCUAUAUCAUGUCAAUCCCAAUAUCGAAAUUGUUCAAGUACAGAAUAUCGUUGUGAAAAUGGACGAUGUGUACCCAGAGCAGCUACAUGUAAUGGAUAUAAUGAUUGUCACGAUAAUUCAGAUGAAAAACCAUCAUUAUGUGAAACAGAACAAUGCCCAGCUGGACAAUUUCAAUGUCGAAAUAAACAAUGUAUACCAUAUGAAGUUGUUUGUAAUGGUGUAAGCAAUUGUACUGAUGGAAGUGAUGAACCAACUAGUUGUGGUGUUAACGAAUGUGCUUCAUCAAUUUUAAGUGGCUGUGAACAUGGUUGUGUUAAUACAUUGACGUCGUUUCGAUGUACAUGUCGAAGUGGUUAUAAAUUAGCGUCGAAUCAGAAAAAUUGUUGGGAUAUCAAUGAAUGCAUAGAAACACCCAGUGUUUGUCAACAGCUAUGUGAGAAUAUACCAGGUUCCUAUAUGUGUAAAUGUGCACCUGGCUAUCAAAAAGGUCUUGAUGGACGUAGUUGCUAUCGAACAAAUCGAACCAUUGUUCCAUAUGUACUCUAUACAAAUAAAUAUUAUGUUCGUACAAUUGAUAUCGAUGAACAAGUUGAAUCGACUAUUGCACGUGGUUUUAUGGAAUUAUCGAGUAUAACAUAUGAUUGGAAAGAUCAAAAAAUAUAUGUCAGUGAUCGAGUAGCUAAUAAAAUCUAUCGAAUGAAUUUGAAUGGAACACAAUCAGCAGUUGUUUUAGAAGGUAAUCAAAUGCGUUUUCUACGAGCAAUAGCUGUCGAUUGGAUUGGUAGAAAAUUAUAUCAAUUAACUGGUACACCGGAACUUCGUGUUAGUGAAUUAGAUGGUCGUUUUGGAAUAACAUUACUCGAUUCAAGAUAUUUAUCACAGCCAAAUUAUAUUGCUAUUGAUCCAUUAGUUGGCUAUUUGUUUUAUUCUGAUUGGGGUCAGCCACAUAUCGGAAGAAUUAAUUUAGAUGGCAGUAAUUUUGUUAAAAUUAUUAGUACAGAUGUAGCUGGACCAUUGGGUUUAACAAUCGAUCUUAUUACAAACCGAAUAUUUUGGAUUGAUAGACGUUUACAACGAUUAGAGUUCAGUAAUUAUAAUGGUGGCGACCGUAAAAUUGCAUUUUUGGGUCAUGAUUAUGUACCAUAUUCUCUUGCUGUUGCAUUUAUUGAUGGUUAUACUGUGUGGUCUGAUUUUACAAAUCAUUCAUUAAUUCGUGCCAAUGCAUUGAAUGGUUCAAAUAAACAUAUUCUACUACCAAAUACAAUCAAUGAAGUCAUGGCUCUUACUAUUGUUCAUCCAUCAUUGCAACCAGAAGUUCCAAAUCCGUGUGGAACCAAUAAUGGUGGUUGUUCGCAUUUGUGUUUACUAACAACAAAUCAAUCGUAUACAUGUGCAUGUCCUGAACAUUUUUCAUUUAUUAACGCUGGCAACAAUCGUACAUGUGUAUCAAAUUGUAGUUGUAAUCAGCAUCGUUGUGGUCCACCAAACGAACGAUGUAUUCCAUGGACAGCAAAAUGUAAUGGAGUCGUCGAUUGUGAAGAUGGAUCUGAUGAGCCAAGUACAUGUCCACAACGAAGAUGUCCAUCUGAACAAUUUCAAUGUCGAAAUCAGAGUUGCACACCGGUGCCAUAUGUUUGUGAUGGAAUGAAUGAUUGUGGUGAUAAUUCGGAUGAAGAAAACUGUCAAUGUCGUUGUAUGCCAGGAACAUUUCAAUGUAAUUCUGGUUUAUGUUUACCAAUGAGAUUUCGUUGCGAUGGUCAUCCACAAUGUGCCGAUGGUAGUGAUGAAUUAAAUUGUGGCAAUCGUACAUGUGCUCAUCAUCAAUUUACAUGUAACAAUGGUCGAUGUAUACCUGCGUCAUAUGAAUGUGACUUAGAUAAUGAUUGUGGAGAUAAUAGUGAUGAAAAUGCUUAUUUCUGCCGUAAUCGAUCUUGCCGUGAUGAUCAAGUUCGCUGUCCAAAUUCAUAUAAAUGUAUUUCACAUGCAUCACGUUGUAAUGGUUUUAAUGAUUGUGGAGAUAAUAGCGAUGAAAAUCCUAAUCAAUGUCCAUCAUGUAAUGAUGCAAGCCACUUCCGAUGUAAUAGUGGGCAAUGUAUUCCAAGAAGUUUUCGAUGUAAUCAUCAAAGUAAUUGCCGUGAUGGGUCAGACGAAAAUCCAGAAACAUGUGUCUAUCGUGAAUGUAGUGAAGACGAAUUUAGAUGUAAUAAUGGUCGAUGUAUACCAAAAAGAUGGGUUUGUGAUCACGAUUAUGAUUGUGGUGGAACUGAUACAUCGGACGAAGAUGCUAAUUGUGUUGCUCGACCAUGUCCGGAUGGAAAGUUUAAAUGUUCAUCGGGUCAUUGUAUAAGUAAUACAAGUCGUUGUGAUAGCUACGCUCAAUGUAGAGAUGGUUCCGAUGAAGCAGGCUGCCCACCACGUUAUCCAGAUGGUCGCCAUUGUCCAGUAGACCGUUUCACUUGUAAUAAUACACUUUGUAUUAAUAACAACUGGGUUUGCGAUGGAGAUAAUGAUUGUCGUGAUAAUAGUGAUGAAACAAUUGAAUUAUGUCGAACAGUACCUUGUAAUUCAACAAAUCAUUUUCGAUGUGCAAAUGGCCGAUGUAUCUAUCGAUGGCGUGUAUGUGAUCAUGAAGAUAAUUGUGGUGAUGGUAGUGAUGAAGACAUUCAUGGCGUAUGUCAAUCAAAAAAUCAACCAUUAGCAUGUUCAGAAUUUCAUUGUACUCAUACAAAUCUGUGUAUACGAUAUACAGAUUUAUGUGAUGAAAUUGAUGAUUGUGGUGAUGCAUCCGACGAAUUAUCGUGUCAUCACAAUACGACACUAACAUGUGCUAAUCAAACAAGCCAUUGUGAUCAACGAUGUCAUGAUUUACCGAAUGGACGAGGAAUUGUUUGUUCAUGUAAUAUAGGCUAUAAAUUUAAUAAAGAAUCAUUGAAAUGUGAAGAUAUUAAUGAAUGCGAAAAUGUUACAUUAAAUUAUUGUUCACAAAUAUGUAUCAAUACAAAAGGUGGUUACCAAUGUGAAUGUGCGGCUGGAUUUGAGCCAAGUGGAACAAAUAGAUCGGAUUGUCACGCAGCAGAUCAAACAAUUGACCUUCUGAUAUCUGAACCUGAUGAAAUUCGUCGUCUUCGUCGAAAUUCAGUAGAGGAUUCAUCUCAUUAUGGUGUUCUUGUUGAAGAUCAACAUGAGGUUGGCUUUAUUUCAAUUGAUACCAAUACUCGUAUGUUCUAUUGGGUUGAUGAAUCUGCAUUAGAAGUUUUUCGUGCACAUCUUACGCCAAGUGCAAUAUCAACAACAUAUCCUCAAUCAAUUUCGUACGAUGAUACUAAUCAUGCAAUAAUUCCCAGUAGUAUAUCUAUUGAUUGGAUAGGUCAAAAUCUUUAUUUGAGUGAUGUUGUUCAUGGCUGUAUAUGGGUUUCGAAAAAUGAUGGACGUUAUGCAGCAAAAUUAAUUACUAACAUUGAAUCACCAUGGGUUGUUACAGUUAAUCCAAUACUUGGAAUCAUCUACUUCAUUAAUUAUGAAACUACGUAUAUUGGAGAUUCUAAUCAGCAUGGCGUUGCUAUUGAGUCAGCUUAUAUGAAUGGUGAAAAUCGUACCAUAUUGGUCGAUACGGAUAUAAUAUAUCCAACUGAUUUAGUUAUUGAUUUCUAUCAUAAUUAUCGUGUUUAUUGGACAGACGAAAAGAAAGAAUCAAUAGAAUCGAUGAAUUACGAUGGCACAGAUCGCAUUGUUAUAGCACAUAUUGGAAUCCAUGCACCACAUUCAUUAGAUAUAUUUGGAAGUCAUCUAUAUUGGAUUCAUCGUGAUAAUCGUUCACUUUAUAUGAUUGAAAAAUUUGGACGUGGAAUUUCAACACUUGUUCUUGAUAAAUUAGAGUCACCCUUAUUCGUAAGAAUUUAUCAUCCGUUAAAACAAAUUCAAUCAGGACCAAAUCCAUGUGCAACAGCAAAUUGCUCACAUUUAUGUGUGCUAAAACCGAUGAGCCAAUAUGAAUGCAUCUGUCCAUUCAAUACAACAAUUCAACAAGAUACUCGAACAUGUAAUGCUCCAAUUGUUGCUGCACGUGAAAAUGUUGUACAAUGUAAUUGUUUGCAUGGUAAAUGUGUUUAUCAUGUUGAUGAAAAUUCUCACAGUCAAUUAACGGGUUGUGUUUGCUUGCCCGGUUAUAAAGGUACAAAUUGUGAUACACGUUCUGAACCUUCAAUACUAACUGGGCAUAAAUUCGGAAUUGUUAUUGCUGUAGUUGUUGGCUUAUUAUUGAUUAGUCUUCUUACUUUUGGUUUAAUUCAAUUGAAACGUAAAGGAAAACUACAAUCGAUUUCAAAUAUACAGUUGCCAACAGGCGUCCGAACAACAAUGAAUAACAUACGUAAUUUUAUUACACGUUCAACAAAUAUAAAUAUAGUUCGAUUUCAACGUUCACAAUCAUCAGCAGCAAGAGAUAUGUCAACAAUAGAAUCACCACCAGUAUUCGCUAAUCCAAUGUUUUCUGCUACCGCAUCAAAUCAACCAGCUCAAGUGUCAGCAUCGCCGAGUGAACCGGCUAAAUUAAACAUCGAAACGUAUCCACCUCCAUCAAAACCAACUCGAAAAGGUGCUCCAACAUCUCCUCCUCGUCGGCAAGUACAUUUCGAUCCUCAAAGCAAAGAAACUGAUCAUGAUAAAGCUAAUUUAGUUGUACGCAGCAGCAGCAGUAGCGAUGCAUAA